AUAGUACUUAAUCAUUUUAGCAGGCAUAAGCAACAAUAGCUCGGGCUGUCCGUUUCAAGUGCACGAGUCGCUUGGGGGUAGCCGUUGAGUGUCUUCUCCCUGCGUUUGACUUGGAAGUGAACUGGGGGCUGGUGAAUCAGCGUUUCCUUUCUUGUUGACGCGUUCAUAAUUCACGUUAAUUUCGACUUAAAGGAUUUACAGACGACGGCCAUCUGAGUCGAAUAGAAACCAAUCCUUUCAUAGUUCAUCAGUUGAUAGCGGAGCUUCGUGUGCGACGGUCGGCAUGACACGAGUUCGUCUGAAUUUACUUCAGACGCUUUAUAUCAAAUGCCGGUAAACCGUUUUCUGAAAUGUGUUUUAUAUUAGAACGACAAAUCGGAUUUAGUGACAUUGUGAAUAGCUCUGCCAGUAAGUUUAGAACGACCGAAUAAUACUGGAACUCUGUGAAUGUGAAGCGACUGACAAUAGUCGUGGGGAAGUGCGUAUGUAUGGAGAGAAUACCGGUUAGCUUUUCCUGUCGUCAUUCAACCACCUCCGAGAUUAACCUGAGGAAGUGUUUCAUACCAAACAGUUGUGCUUUUUAUGUAAACUUCUCAUUGAGUUCGAAGACUUGACAAGGAGAUAAUAUAUUUCUGGCUAGUCGGCUAAGCAAAAAAUGGUCGACAUGAGGCCAGGGCCUGAAGACACGAGUGAGCGUCGACUAAGCAACACUUGGGAACAUGUCCCGAUACGGUCUUACAAAUCACGUGACGAGUACCUCUUUGCUAUGAAAGAGGAUUUGGCCGAAUGGCUAGAUAAUCUAUACAGUAUCGAUAUUCAACCAGAGAAUUUCGUCGAAAAACUCGAGACUGGUAUCGUACUCUGCCAGCAUGCGAACAGUAUCAAGAAGCAGGCGGUAGCAUGGAAAGAUAUACAAUUAACAAACAAAAAUGGGUGCUCAGACCAGAUUCGGAUCCCCUCUGAAGAGGUGAAAUAUCGUGGGAAUGCCCAGCCCGGAACGUUUGUUGCAAGGGAUAAUAUAAGCAACUUCAUCUACUGGUGUCGGCACUCCCUGGGCGUCCACGAUGUGCUUCUUUUUGAAACAGAUGAUCUAGUUAUGCGUAAAAAUAUUAGGAGUUUUAUUCUAUGUCUUUUGGAAGUAGCCCGAAAGGGCGCCAGGUUCGGGAUGUUGGUACCAAUGCUCAUACAAUUGGAGCAGGAGAUAGACAGAGAGAUCGCGUCCGAAGUCAAUGGAGAGUCUUCGGACGCCGCAGACGAUGCGGACGUCGAAUCUGAACCAGAACAAGAACCAAAACCGAGACAAGUGAGACAGGAACCCCCACCGAAGCCACGGGUUUUAAUGACUAAACAGGACCUCAUGUCACUGGAUGAAAUGGUGCGUGAUCUGGUCAGCCGAUGUACUUGCCCUAAUCAGUUCCCGAUGAUUCGAGUCGCAGAAGGAAAAUACAGAAUAGGAGAUUCAAAAACCAAAAUAUAUGUUAGGAUUCUUCGCAAUCACGUGAUGGUUCGAGUUGGCGGAGGCUGGGAUACAUUAGAACAUUACUUAGAUAAACACGAUCCCUGCCGAUGCCUAGGUAAGGAUGCCGAAUGUCAUCGAUCUCACAAUCUUUACCACAAGACGACGAAAAGCGCCCCCGGAACAGAUAGACCAAAACCAUCUCUGGGAGAUCGAAGAGCUUCGACUGCAGAGUCGCCUGUUCGUAGACGCCCGUCAUUACAUCACACCGAAAUGAACCGUCCAAGGUCUGCAGUGGAACCCAGUAUGUCGAAAAAAGAAAACUCAUCUUUAGAACAUAUUCCUAAAUCAACUAGUUCGCCGGGGAAUCUACAAAAACCAUCAGUUACUAGGAGUCCAUCUCGACGUUUAAGUGAAAUUAAAAAGGCUCAGCUGACAGCCACACUGAGCGACUCGGGGACAAGGCGUACUAACAAUCUCAGCACACCGGAGUCUUCCUGCAUGUCAAAUUCGCCGUCAUCUUCUCCAAUUCCUAUACGACGACCUCGCCCGGGGUCGUUUUGCUCACAUAGCGCAUCGAAUAGUCCUGUCAUGCAAAGGAGACACGGUUCUGUUGAGUCUGCCUCGCCUCUCACUAAAAAUCACGAUGGACGUAGUAGUCUGGUACGACACCCGUCUAUUAAGAAGCGGUCUGAAUCACCUGGGAUAAGUCGAUCCUCAACAUGGCGAAGAUCCUUUAAUUCGGGAAGUUCUUCGACAACUUCUACGCCUUCUUUGAGCAGGCACAAUAGUGAUCUAAAUGGCAGUAAAUUGUCUUCUUCCAGUAACAGACGCCAUCUUGAUAGGGACAAAAACUCCACUAGCGACCCUGCUUUCGGCAGGUCACAUUCAAUGAGGGAAAAGAAGACAACGCCAGUAACAGCAACAUCAGAAUAUCUUAAACAAUUUCGGAAAAAGAACCAAAUAUCCCGCUCUCGAAGCAGCGACCCUGACAGGCGGGUAGCCAGUUGUCCCACAAGUCCAGAACAGAACAACACCACCACUUCAUCUUUUAGCAGCAACGCUAAACUAAGAAGUGUAAGCUCAACAUCAAGGCUUGCCAGACCAGAAUCUCGAAACGCUAUCGAAAUUUAUGGUACACUUGGAAGAAGGCCGCGAUCUGCUGGUGCAGGCCGGGAACGUAGUGAAAGCCCUGCCACAAAGCUUAAAGAUCAGUUGAAUAUUUCCUCUCCAAGGGUACUUAGACGAGCUCGUCCCGCAUCUGCCAAAGCCACGGUAGGUCGGAACUCUAGCUCAGGUAAUUUAAAAGACAAGUCGACGAUCAUGAUUUCACGAGGUGACGAUGGUCGACACAGACUAGACAGUACUAGUAGUUCAGAGUCACUGGACAGUAGAUCAGAGCGGUCAGAAAUGGAUGACCUUCUCCAAGCAAUUACGUCACGAUGGGGUUCUGAUAAUAGUAAACUCGAUGAUGACGAGGUUAAAUUACGACCUAGCAAUAAAACCCGAGCUUCUGCGUCCGGAAGCACAAGCAGUUCUGCCAGGAGUAGUUUAGAUAUGGAAAAUUACAAUUAUCAGAACUAUGCUGGUGGAUCGAAAGCUGCACUAGCUCGAGCAAACCAGAGGUCGCGACCAAUCAGUCGAUCUAAACCAUCGGACAGGCCCAGGCUAACACCAAAAGCUAAGCCGCAAACGAAAGAUGAGUCUGUUAAACGAAUGCAAAGAGAGGAGACGCGAUCACGGAGUAUAGGUUCCCCAAAAAGUCCUAGGAAAACCUUAGACACCAGUGGAACGCGAUCGAGACAAAUUGGUGGUAGGGGAAGUGGUACUGUACGUAGUCGGAGUUGCCACACAGAACCCGACACACUGACCAAUGGAAUGCCGAUUCCUAGGUCGAGGUACCUUUCUGAUCGGGACUCGAACCAUCUGAGCUCUAGUGUUGAAUCAGAUUCAUCAUUGUCACGUAUCAAACCAUGUUUCCCUAUACCUCAGCAUCUAAAGAUAGAGGCUAGGCUUCAUACACCACUUCGCAAGGAACUAAUAUCCAGCGAUAGACCUACCAAGAUCCCCUUACCAGUUCAUCAUCAGUCUAACGUUGUCUUCUUGAGGUCUAACAAACCGACAGCACGACGAAAUGGUCGCUGCUUUUCUAUGCCUGAUUUAGAGGACAGGAUUGAACAUUCAAUGAAUAUGCCUAAGAUUAUCAAAGCCCAACCAAGACCCACCGAACGAGAUUAUUCUUUCAGUAGCAUAGAUUCAGUCUCCCCAACUCAACAUGAUUCUGGUUAUGAAGAUGGGCGUAACGAUGGGACGAGCAAGUCGUUAGCAGCUAGAGGAGUUACGGAAUCGCAUUUAUAGAAUUACCUGUGUAGGCAUAAUGAUAUUAUUACGAAGCCCUUCCAAAAAAUUGUCAAUGUUUGGCCAAGCCUAAUUCUGAAAUGUUUGUAAAUUCAUCAGUGAAAUAAUUGUAAUUGUCCUAAAUUGGAUGUUAAACGUAGAAAUCAAUAUUUGCUAAAGUUAUAAGAGCAUGAGAAGCAAUUUGUGGUAGUUCCAAAAUCCUGACCAAAAAUCUAGGUCAGGAAUUUCGCUUAGGACCAAUACACUUUUUUCUGCUAAUGUUACCAUUCGUCUUGCAAUUUGCCAUUCAUUAUAUGCACAGAAUGCACAACUUUAAAUGUAAAAUAGAAACAUUAGAUAUUGGAAAAGAAAUAUAUCGUAGAUAAAUUAAUAUAAUGAUGUGCCAAUUCAAAAAGUAUAUGUAUGUAUGAAUAUGAAAUUCCCUUUUACCUAGCAGUGUGCAUUUGUAAACAGAUUGCGCGCGUUUUUUCUCAGGCCUACUUUUUAAAAGUGGUUCGAGAGUUGGAGCUUUAUCGUAGUGGUUUGAGACAGUACUGAACAGUAUGCACCAAAGUAAAGAAUGUAGAAGGCAGGCCUAAACGACUCAACGAGACCAAGUGAUAGGAACUGAAACAGGUGGACAGGAUUUUGAUACAAUAGAAAACGGAAAGAAGAGAAAUGGUUAGUGGCAAUGUCGACGCAAGUGUGAAAACGUAAUGUAAUAGAAACUUUAAAUGACCAAAUCAAGACAAUCAAUCGUUAAAGUAUAUUUUACGGAAAAUAUCGAAAAGAAUUCGGAGGUACUGUAUACAAUACGGUAUACUGUACCACGGUUCUGUAUCAAAACAACUCCAAGUUGUAUCUUGUUUUUUUUAACAUCGGGAACAGUUAUUAUUGUGUGAUCAACAUAGUCUAUUUUAUCGAAUUAUGUCUUUCAAUGUAAAGAGAUUUCAUUCUUAUACUAUUUAUCAUUGCCACUGUGUUUCAUAAAAUUGAGAAGUUUGAUGGAACGAGAUUAGCUAUGUAAACAGCGGCCGUGUGCAUUCACUUUCUUGCCUGAACGUUGAACAAGGCGAAGGGAUAGCUCAGAGAAAGAAGCUAAAGUAGGCCAAUAAUAAUUAUUAUAGCUUAAUAUACACGUGAUAUUGCACAAUAUAAUUACAAUUUCCUUCGGCUUAAACACCUUGAUUUAAAAUGUUAGUCGGACAUGAGUAAAAGUAAAUUGUUGUAACGCGAGUGUUAUAACUCGACUUUCUAUUCAUUCAUUAAGAUCUUUUUGAAGAGGACCAAAGAAGUACUUCAUAAUAGGUUAAGAUUUAAUAAUGGAAAUAAGUUAAGAGUCAAUCACUGGUGUAUGUGGACCAUUAAGUUACAUUUUAAUCAAUUCUGUAAUUUUUUGUCGAUUGGUCUUCCGAGAUUCUGUGAUUUUUGUUGAUCGUUUUUCGUUCGAUUUUUCUUGUUCUCUUCUUCCAUAAUAUUUUUUGUUGGCGGUGAUCUGUUUAUCAUUCCACUAUUUCUUCUUGUCAGUGAAUUUCGUAGAUCUAACAGGCUGAACACAGCAGUUGUGCGUAGUUUUUUUUUCUCCCAAAAUGUUGGGCAUUAGUGGCACGCACUUCAGUUGGACGGAAUUCUAUUGAUUUAUAUAUUUUAAAAACAAGUUUGAUGUAUAUAUUUUAUAUCGAUUGUAAAGCAUUUUUGACUAUUCGGUGAUGAAGCAGUGAUCUGUUAGCUUAUUUAUUGACUGGCUUUAACCAUAGUCUAGAGGCCUUAAAUAUGUUGUACAGCCUUUUAAGCACUGAUAGAUAUGUGUGUGUGCGCGUGAGUGUGUGUGAGAGAGCCCGUGCGUGUACGUGCGGGGGACGUGUAAAUGUAUCGUGAACAGAAAAAAUGACUUUCUUUACAUGACAAUUAGAAUAUGUGGAUAUAUAAAUAUAUAUAAAGGUUAAAGGUUACAAUGCAACGUGUUUAAGACAAUCGCCAUACAACAUACUUAUGCAAGUUAAUGUUCGGUUAAAAUUUUCUCGGCCUACUAGAAGCAGUGAAAAUUAUGUCACGCCACUGAAAAUUGCACUUGAAGAUAUUAUAUAAUUAGUAGAGAACUACAUAGAUAUAUGUUCUUGCAUAAAGCUAAACAAUAUUUCUUCGUGAUAAAUGUUAUAAAUUCAAACUCAUUGGUUUAAAAAAAAACAACAGUGGUUUGAGUGCCAUUUAUGCUUAAACUGAUAUCAAAAUAGUUUUAUAAACAUCAUCUGAGUCCUAAUACCUGUACUCAACAAAUAGUGCCACAUUAUCCAGGUGCGACAAGUUGUAAAACUAUGGAACGCCGUUGCUGACUUCCGUAGGGCAAUCAUUAUGCAAACAGCGUUCCAUAGUUUGUCGACGCCCUGGAACGUGGCAAAAGUGUGCAGACGAUCGUAGGUGAGCGAUGCUUUUCACUGCAGUGUAUUCUUGUUCCUUACACGUAAAUGCUGCCAUCCGUCUGUGUAAAUCGUGUGCUGUGAUGGUAAUGAAAUUCGCGUGGGAAAUGCAAUAAAUAAAUAUAUCAAAAGAGAUCAUA